UGCGCAGACUCGCUGCUUUCGGCUGUCAGGGAAGGCAGACUGACAGUAUGGCGGCGGGGUACAGCUGGAAGGAUGCUACCGUUGCCUGCGAUGUGUCCGUCGCCGGCAGGACGUAAAUGGACCAUUGACGGCGCCCAGAGAAGAGGAAUAAGCGCGAGAGGCCCGUCGCCGUGAACGCCCGCCAUGGCCAGGCUCGCCGACUACUUUGUGGUGGUCGGUUACGACCUCGACAAGCGAGUGGAAGGCGAAGGUGAGGGUCAAGGUCGCAUUCUCCAGCGGUUUCCUGAGAAAGACUGGGAGGACAGCCCGUUCCCACAAGGCGUAGAGCUGUUCUGCCAGCCGAGCGGUUGGCAGCUGGUCCCGGAGCGUCAGCCCGCCUCCUUCUUCGUUGCAGUUUUGACCGACAUCAACUCCGAGCGUCACUACUGUGCCUGCUUCACAUUCUGGGAGGGCCAGGACAACCCGCAGAAGACGCGGGCAGGUGAAGUGGAUGAGGUGGACGAGGAGUCAACUAUCGUCCAACCAGCUCAGGUCUUUGCCCCCAAGAGUCUUGUGCUGGUGUCUCGGUUGGACUACACUGAUGUUUUCAGGAACUGCCUGGCAUUGGUCUACACCGUCCACGUAGAUGGCCUUACUGUUCCCUUGGAGACGGUCAUUGGAAAUCUUCUCACGUGCGUCAUCCCCAUCGCUGGAGGCUCCCAGCGGACCAUCACAUUAGGCGCUGGGGACCGGCAAGUUAUCCAGACUCCCAUCGACGACUCCCUACCCGUCAGCGGCAGCAGCGUGGCGCAGCUCUUCAGGCAGCUGGGGAUAGUCAAUGUGCUGUAUCUGUUCUGUGCCGCCCUUACGGAGCACAAGAUCCUGUUCCUGUCAAGCAGUUACCAACGACUAACAGAUGCCUGCCGGGGACUGUUGGCUAUCAUGUUCCCCCUCAAAUACAGCUUCACAUAUGUUCCCAUCCUGCCUGGUAAACUCCUGGAGGUCCUGAGCACUCCCACUCCUUUUAUAAUCGGCGUCAACUCAUUUUUCCGCUCUGAGACACAAGAACUGUUGGAUGUCAUCAUCGCCGACCUGGACGGCGGCACCAUCACCAUCCCGGAGUGCGUUCACAUCUCCCUGCUGCCUGAGCCGCUCCUCCAGCAGACUCAGACUGCACUCUCCAUGGUUUUGGAUCCUGAGCUGGAGGUUGCUGAUCACGCCUUCCCACCUCAGUCUUCGCUACCGUCGGCGCCCAAGAUCCAGGAUAAGGAGAUCCGGGCGAUCUUCCUGUGGUUGUUUGCUCAGCUUUUCCAGGGUUAUCGCUGGUGUUUACAUAUCAUCCGCAUUCACCCCGAACCAGUUAUCCGCUUCCAUAAGGCGGCCUUCCUCGGCCAAAGGGCGCUAACAGAAGACGACUUCCUCAUGAAGGUUUUGGACGGCAUGGCGUUCGCAGGUUUCGUGUCGGAGAGGGGGCCUCCCUACAGAGCAACAGAUUUGUUUGAUGAUCUGGUAGCCAAUGAGGUGGAGAGGAUACGGCAAGAGGAGGCCUCGCCGCACAAAGUCAUGAAUCACGUGAAGGAGUUGGCCGAGCAGCUAUUUAAAAAUGAGAACCCCUACCCGGCAGUGACUAUGCAUAAAGUCCAACGACCGUUAGAAAACGGCCAGAAAGCCACUCGGAGUCAGACCUCCUUCCCCGGGCUGGACGAGGUCACCGUACAGCUCUUCAUCGACCACGCCACCGCCAAGCUCAAGACUGCACCACCGGUGGUCAAGGCGGAGGUCAAGAGCAUGGUGCCGUCCGGGCCUCCGCUGGGAGACACUGUGGACCGGAACGGCAACGUGAUGGCCAACAGCGCCCGUCGGCUGGAGGUUGUCAGGAACUGCAUCACGUAUAUCUUUGAGAACAAAAUGCUGGAGGCCAAGAAGCUGAUGCCAGCUGUACUGCGGGCUUUGAAGGGUCGAGCGGCUCGGGUGUGUUUGACCCAGGAGCUCAAUCAGCACGUCUUACAGAACCGGGCGGUGCUGGAUGACCAGCAGUUCGACUACGUCGUCCGAAUGAUGAACUGCACCUUACAGGACUGCUCGCAUAUGGAUGAACAUGGCAUUGCAGCAGCCCUUCUCCCAUUGGUUACAGCUUUUUCACAGAAAUUGGGGGCAGGCAUCACUCAGUUUGCGUACAGCUGCGUACAGGAGCACACGGUGUGGACCAACAUGCAGUUCUGGGAGGCCAUGUUCUACAGCGACGUUCAGAACCACAUUAGGGCGCUUUACCUGGAGACGGAGAACGGAGAGCAUCCGAACCAAACGGAGCAGCAGGAGGGAUCGGGCAGCGGGCGGGAAAUCAGCGCGCUGGAGCUGGCGUCGGAGCAGAGCCGCCUGUGGCCGACGCUCGGCAAGGACAUGCAGACGGAACGCGUGCAGAAGGAGGAGAGCACCGUGUUCAGCCAGGCCAUCCACUACGCCAACAGGAUGAGCUACCUGCUGCUGCCGCUGGACACCAGCAAGAACCGCCUGCUCAGGAGCUCGGGCCUCGGGGACGUGGAGAGCGUCAGCAACAGCUACGUAACCAACAGUAUUGCAGGGAGCAUGGCGGAAAGUUACGACACAGAGAGCGGCUUCGAGGAUGCCGAGAGCUCCGACGUGGCCAACUCGGUGGUGCGCUUCAUCAACCGCUUCGUGGACAAAGUGUGCAAUGAGAGCGGAGUGACCAACGAGCACCUGAAGGCUCUCCACACCAUGAUACCGGAUAUCGUUCAGAUGCACAUCGAGACGUUAGACGCAGUCCACCGCGAGAGUAAACGACUGCCGCCGAUCCAAAAGCCCAAGCUGCUGAGGCCGACUCUUCUGGCAGGCGAGGAGCUGGUGAUGGACGGCAUGCGCGUUUACCUCAUCCCAGACGGGCGCGAGGAGGCCACGGGGAUGAUGGGAGGCCCGCCCCUGCUGCCCGCAGAGGGAGCCAUCUUCCUCACCACCUACCGGCUCAUCUUCAAGGGCACUCCCACCGACCCUCUGGUGGGCGAGCAGACGGUUACUCGUUCCUUCCCCAUCGCGUCGUUGACCAAGGAGAAGAGAAUAUCUGUCACUUUACCCAUGGAGCAGUUUGUUCAGGAGGGGUUACAGCUACGGUCCUGCACCUUCCAGCUGAUGAAGAUCGUGUUCGACGAGGAGGUGGCGGCUGACCUUGCGGAGGUUUUCAGGAAGCACAUGCACAAGCUACGCUACCCCCAGCACGUGCAGGGAACGUUCGCCUUCACCGUCGGUCAGAGUGGCAAGCUGGUAGUGGAGCACAAGACCAAGGACAAGAACCAGUCACUCAAGACACUUUCCAAAAACCUGGUAAAGAGCGCCAAGCGGACCAUCGGCCGUCAGUACGUGACGAAGAAGAAAUACUCUCCGCCUACCUGGGAGAACAGGAGCAGCUUUCAGUCAGAGCUGGAUGAGGAUGAAAUUUCAGUCUCAGAGGAGGUGGAUCAGAGCUCCCUUACGCUGUCCUCCACCAUCCGCUCGUCAGACAGACAGACCAUGAGUAACGUAGUCGAGCGAGCGUGCUGCCGCGACUACCAGCGCAUGGGCCUGGGCACGCUCAGCAACAGCUUGACCCGCUCCAAGAAUGAGCCCUUCCGAAUUUCCACAGUCAACCGCAUGUACACGGUGUGCAGAAGCUAUCCCGGCCUGCUCAUCGUUCCGCAGAACAUCCCGGAUACCACCAUCCAGAGAAUCUGCCGCUGUUACCGGCAGAACCGCUUCCCUGUGGUUUGCUGGCGGAAUUCCCGGACCAAGGCUGUCCUCCUGCGAUCGGCAGGCUUCCACGCAAAAGGGGUGGUGGGCUUUUUUAAAUCUCCCAAUGCCCCAACUUCGGUGCCCUCCCAGGCGGACUCCACCAGUCUGGAGCAGGAGAAAUACCUCCAGGCCAUUAUCAGCUCCAUGCCCUCUUACAGCGAGAGCAGUGGCAGGAACACGCUCAGCGGCUUCACCUCCACCCACAUGAGCGCUUCGGACUCGUCGGAUAAGCUGCGGCAGCCAAAGAUCGGCGCUCUGAUGAAGCAGGUGAUGGGUGCCAAGGAGGACGUGCCCGGAACGUUCAGCAGAGGAGCUCUUGGUCAAAGGGCCAAAGUCAUCUCCCUCUCUCAGCCCAAAGUGUCUGGCAAGGCCAGGAACUCUACUAGAGGGAAAUGGGGGAGUAUCCGAGGCGGCGGGCGUCUUAGCGCCUACAACCCAGACGUGGGGACGCGUCUCGCCGGGAAAGAGUCGCCGCAGCCCAACGGCGGGCCCAGUGAGGCGUUGUUCUUCCGCCAGCACAGGGCCUAUCUCUACAUCAUUGGGGACAAGGCCCAGCUCAAGGGCGGAAAGCAGGACUCCUUCCAGCAGUGGGAGGUGGUGCCCAUCGAGGUAUGCGACCUGCGGCAGGUGAAGAACAGCUUCAAGAAGCUGAUGAAGGCCUGCGUGCCUAGUUUGGCCUCCUCUGACUCCAGUACGAACUUCCUGCGCUGUCUGGAAGAGUCGGAGUGGAUGGCGCUGCUGCACAGGGUGCUGCAGGUGUCAGUCCUGGCGGUGGAGCUGCUGGACACGGGAUCAUCCGUCACUGUCAGCCUUGAGGACGGCUGGGACGUCACCACCCAGGUGGUGUCGUUGGUGCAACUGCUGUCCGACCCUUACUACCGGACCUUCGACGGCUUCCGGCUGCUGGUGGAGAAGGAGUGGCUGUCGUUCGGCCACAGGUUCAGCCACCGUGGCGCGCAAACGCUAGGCAGUCAGAGCAGCGGGUUCACCCCGGUCUUCCUGCAGUUUCUCGACUGUGUGCAUCAAAUCCAUUUGCAGUUCCCCAUGGAGUUCGAGUUCAGCCAGUACUACUUGAAGUUCUUGGCCUAUCACUACGUGUCCAACCGCUUCCGCACCUUUCUGCUCGACUCUGACUACGAGCGCAUCGAACUCGGAGUCCUCUAUGAGGAGAAAGGCGAGAGGAGAAGUCCUCAGGUGUGCAAGUCCGUGUGGGACUACAUCGACCGGCUCAACAAGAAGACGCCGGUCUUCUUCAACUACAUGUUCGCGCCAGAGGAUUAUGAGGUUCUCCGGCCGUACACCUUCAUCUCCAACCUGAAAGUGUGGGACUACUACACAGAGGAGACGCUCUCAGAGGGGCCGUCGUACGACUGGGAGCCGCGGGGCCGCCAGGAGCGAGCGGCGUCGGAGGAGGCGCCCGACAAGCCCGACAGCGGCGCGCCCAAAUCGCGGCGGCGCGCCGUGUGGCCGUGCUACGACAGCCUGAGCAAGACGGUGCCCGACGCCAUCACCAAGCUGCUGCAGGACCUGCAGGCGCUGGAGGGCGAGCUCGGCCAGGCGUCGGAGAAGUGGAAGGACACGUGGGAUAAGAUGAAGGCCGCUCAGAGGAAUGAGACCAAACUGGAGAGCAAGCCGUCAUUCUCCAGCUCGCUGCUCAUGUCCUCCAACCUGAGCCACCAGCGGCGUUCCCAGGGCGUCUACUUGCAGGAGAGCGGCGUAGGCUCCUCCAUCAACUUGGCUCUGGACUGCGAGGUCAGCGCUACCUCCACGCCGGCGGCGGGCCGCCCGAGCACCAGCACGCUCUACAGCCAGUUCCAGAGCACAGAGAGCGAAAACAGAAGUUUCGAAGGCAUUUUAUUCAAGAAAGGCGCUCUUCUGAAACCAUGGAAACCACGGUGGUUUGUGCUGGACAAGACAAAGCAUCAGCUGCGAUACUACGAGAGCAGGCAGGACAAAGAGUGCAAAGGUGUCAUCGAGCUGGCCGAUGUGGAGUCUGUUCUUCUGGGGACGCCCGCCAUGGGAGCGCCCAAAAACAUCGAGGAGAAAGCCUUCUUCGAUCUCAAGACCACCAAACGAGUGUACAACUUCUGUGCCCAGGACAGCCUCAACGCUCAGCUUUGGAUGGACAGCGUUCAGAGUUGCCUGUCGGACGCCUAGACGGGAGGGCGGCCCAGACUCUUGUACUGCAAAAUGUCAGUGUUUUUGGUAGAAAAGAAGAAAAAUGAGGAAAAAAAACGGCGCGGUCCGACCACACGGAACUAUUCCACGUCUUGUGCAACGCGUCCGGCAUGAAGAUUCUUCCCGACUCUCCUUCUUACUAACCCUAGAUAUACCUCCCAUUCUUCCUGAUUUAGCUUUGAAAAAACUCCGGGGGAGGAAUGACGGAGGAGCUGCCGGAUCCCAUUUUGGGAUCACCUGCGUGGUCACAUGACGGUUCAUGAAGGAUUUUUUUUAAUUUUUUUUUUUUUUUUGUCUCCGCCACAACAAUCUCAAGAAAGAUAUACUGUGAAAGCCCAUCAGGAUCUCCUCUGAGAGUGUUUACAAAGUGGACAAAAGCUCCCCCCUUUACAUAACCACUAGAAACAAACAUUUUAGGGACGUCGAAGGAAAAAACUAAGAUGUGAUAUAAUGGGAUGGAAAGGACAGACAGUUGUGUUAUGGAAAUUGCCACCCUAUAUCAUAUUUUGAUUGAAACUCAGAUUUCCCACUAAAUAUGCGACACCGUGAAGGAAACUCGGACAAAAAUAAAUAAAUGAAUGAAUUUGGUCGGAUAUCCUGCCAGAUCACUAGUCAUCACAGUGAAGUUGAUUUGAACUAUUCCUCAGACUGUACGGUUCUGAGGUUUGACUCCAGGCUUCCUGUGUUGACUUUGCAUGUACUGCGACCUCCUCCCACAUUCCAAAACCACGCACGUUAGGUCCAUUGAAGAUUCUAAAUUACCCAUAGGUGUGAAUGAGAGUGUAGUUGGUUGUUUGUCCCUGCAAUGGACUGGUAACCAGUCCUGGGCGUAACCCACCUCUUGCCCAAAGGAAGCUCGGAUAGGCUCCAGCUCACCCCGUAAACCCAAUAAGCACGUACUAGAAGCUAUUGAAAAAGGACGGUUGAAAAAGGAGGGCACCGAGGACUGAACCCUGUGGGACAUCAAUAGAGAGAAUGGUUAAUGGGGCGGUUUAUAAGGUCUUAUUUGUGAGUGAAAUGAAAAUGCAACACAACUAAAAUUGAAUGAAAUUGCAGUUAUUGAUUUGAACUAUUCCUCAGGAUGCAGGCAGCACGGUACGCUAGCGGUUAUCACGUCAGACUUACCUCUUCUGGGUUCGAAUGCGGACUUCCUAUGUGGAGUUUACAUGUUCUCCCAGUGCUUAGGUGGGUUUUCUUCCUCCCACAUUCCAAAACUUACUCGAUAGGUUUAUUGAAAACUCGAAAAUAUCCAGACAUGAGUAUGAACGGUGGUUUCUCGAUCCAGGGUGUACCUCAAAGUCAGCUGGAAUUGUCCAUCUCACCUUAAUGACGGACAAGCGUUAAAGAAAAUGAAUGGAUUGGAUGUUCAAAUGUCAUAUUUGUGAGUGAUAGUCCUGAUUUCCCAGGAAAAUACACCACGCUGAAGGCAAACAAGAGAAUUUGGCUGGAUCAACCUAUCAAAUCUUAAGUCAUAAUUUAUUGAAUUGGUUUGAACUAUUCCUCAGGAUGCUACACACAAACACAUAGAAUGGCAAAAAAUCCUGGACUUCCCCUUGUAACAAUGCAUUGAAGUUCCUAAAUGUACGUGUUAUGUGAUCCAUCAAACUCCUCAUUCGUCCAUGUGUUCUUCUUUUGCACACAUACACACACACUUGCUAACAAUCCUCCCCCCCCCCCCCCCCCGACUGUGUAAAAUAUACUGCUGUCUUUGUUGAAUAUGACUUUUUUUUUUUUUUUUGAGGGGGGGUUGUAGCUGUCUUUUUUUAGGGGGGGCUGUUUUAACUCCUUUUUGUAUAUACUACUCCAGAUUUGUAUGUAACGUUUAUAGUAGUAAUUUAUUUAACUUCUCCCUUUACGAAAGUUCCUCAAAUACCACUUUUAAAAUCUAGGAAUUCAAUGUGCCAAUGGUUUAUUUCUGUAUUAAUGUGACUAAUGCUUUUUUUUUUUUUUUUACAGUGCAAGUAAACCCUUUGUUUUUUUUGUUUGUUUUUAAUGCAGUUGUCCUUAUUCAGUCCCCUCCAUUCAUGCAAGAGUGGAAAUGAGUGUUUGUGAAAGCCUGUGGCCUACUUUUUUUUUUAAAUGGCUGAUUGGAUCAAACUGUUGCUAGAAUCCAGUUGAAAUACAUCUGACACAUGAAGCCCUAGGAGGCCUUUACUUAUGGACAUGAGUGAUACAUGGAAGCGUUGCGAUAGCAAAAUUAAACAAGUAAAUCAUUAGUUAUCUGCUUAUUUAAAAAUGUUGAAGUGAGUUGAGGAGCUUCACGCCUACCAAAUUUGUAGUGUUUUCGAAGUGAAUUCAGCUUUACUGUGAUAAAAGUUGUGCUUUGUCACCAUCUCGGUACCAAGGGACUAUGUUGAGGUGAAUUGAGGAGCUGCAUCGGGACAAAGGUUUGCUGCCAUUUUGUGGCAUCUAUGGGCAGUUGUAAACUUUUUCUUUUUCGGGGUGGGUCUGUCAAUUACUGGCGGUUCACUGUUUUCUAAUCAAAUACAUAUAGUGAUUAUACAACAGUUGUGCAAUUUAUAAUGUAAAGUCAAUUUAGUAAUCAUCGUACUAUUUUAAGGACAUCCGUCUGUAAAAUUUGGAAGCUUUUGGAAAUGCAGAAAUUUGAUCAUUCUGCCCAUCCCUUGUAAACACCCUUAAAUAACAACUUGCUUUUUCGUACUACCCACAUUUUAUUUGUGACAUUCAGUUAAAAGCAAAAACUGCCAAAACACAUGAAAAGUCACUUUCAGUCAACCUUCGCACACAAAUCCGAUGGGACGAAACAUCUCAAUAUGUUGUGUGAAUGAAAACGGAUUUUAACCUCCUCCUUGUCAAGCAAAUGACAUUCUGACAGAUCAUCAGGUGGAAUUUAAUGUUUUUAUUGAUACUGGGGUAUAUGGGUCAGCUGACAUACAACAUAAACAUUACCGUAAGCAUAUUUUGUAAUAAAAAGGGGUGUUUCUGCUAUUUCCCAACUCUAUUAUCUGCUUAGCGGAAAGACAACUAAAGAUGUGCACCACAAACUGCGACAUGGCAGUUUUAUCAAAAUACCUAGAGUAUUAACACACUGCAACCCUGAGGUUUACCAUCACAUUUGUUUUCAUACAAGUGGCACAGC